AUGCUCGUCCGCGGCGCCCUCUCGGCACUCUCCGCAUCGUUCGGCCAGCUCUCGCUGCGCGCCGCCCGCGUCCAGCCCAUUGCGUCGUCGUCGCGUGUCCAGCUCCUCCCCCGCGCCGCUCCCAUCCGCUCCUUCUCGGCCUCGUCUCCUGCUUCCGCGACCAUCAACCAGGUUGCCCGCGGAUGCCGCAAGACCACCAAGCGCAAGACCAAGUCGCCCCUCCUCGAGGGCUGCUACCAGAAGAAGGGUGUCAUCUCAAAGGUCUACACCACCAAGCCCCGUAAGCCCAACUCGGCUGUCCGCAAGGUCAUCCGUGUCAAGCUCAGCACGGGCAAGUCGACCAUUGCCUACAUUCCCGGAGAGCGCCACAACCUCCAGGAGCACGGUGUCGUCCUCAUCCGUGGUGGCCGUACCAAGGACCUUCCCGGUGUCCGUUACAAGGCCGUUCGCGGUGCUCUCGACUUCAACGGUGUCGCUGGUCGUACCCGCUCGCGCUCCAAGUACGGUGUUAAGAAGCCCAAGAAGGCUUGA